AUGGCCGAGGGCGAGCGCUCUGGACCCGGCCCUCCGUCCAAGCCGCCGGGGCCGCUGGCCUCCAGGAGGGGCCUGAAGUUGGAAAGCCCAGAGCGAGGCCGCGGGCCUGGGAAGAGUCUUUCGGUCCGCCAGAGGCAGGGGCAGGGGCGCUGGGCGCCCAGCAAGAAGACCGGCCCGCCGGCCGGCUGGCAGCCGCGGCCCGCAGGGCAGCAGAAACGCCGGCUUCCCACGGCCUGGCUCGGGGCCAGCAGGUGUCCCUUCCGGGAGACCAGCAGGGCCGGGGAAGCGUCCGCGCGCGGCGCCCCGCGCCCCAUCGAGGACCUCUACUGCAAGCUGGUGGGGGGCCCGGUGGCCGGCGGGGACCCCAACCAAACCAUCCAGGGCCAGUACUGUGACAUCUGCUCCACCUCCAUCAGCAACAAGGCCCACCCUGCCAGCAACGCCAUUGACGGGACAGAGCGCUGGUGGCAGAGCCCACCCUUGUCCCGGGGCCUGGGCUACAACGAGGUCAACGUCACCCUGGACCUGGGCCAGGCUGCAGCAAGCACUGUGCACCUGUGCUCCUGCCUGGGGAUGGCCGCGGCCCCACCGACCCGGGUGUGCCCGCGGGCUGUGCGAGCUCCCUUCAAGUUCUCUGAGGCCUCCCUGGAGCCGUCAGGCUGCCUGGGGCGGCGGCCGGACCUCUGGGUGCUGGAGCGCUCCACGGACUUUGGCCUCACCUACCAGCCGUGGCAAUACUUUGCCUCCUCCAAGAGAGACUGCCUGGAGCGCUUCGGGCCGCAGACGCUGGACCGCAUCGCGAGCGACGACACGGCCGUCUGCACCACCGAGUACUCGCGCAUCGUGCCGCUGGAGAACGGAGAGAUCGUGGUGUCCCUGGUGAACGGGCGGCCGGGCGCCAGGAACUUCUCGUACUCGCCGCUGCUGCGAGACUUCACCAAGGCCACCAACAUCCGCCUGCGCUUCCUGCGGACGAACACCCUGCUGGGCCACCUCAUGGGCAAGGCGCUCCGGGACCCCACGGUCACGCGGCGGUACUAUUACAGCGUCAAGGACAUCAGCAUCGGGGGCCGCUGCGUCUGCCACGGCCACGCGGACGCCUGUGACACCGAAGACCCGCGGAACCCCUACAGGCUGCAGUGUGCGUGCCAACACAACACGUGCGGGGGCUCCUGUGACCGCUGCUGCCCGGGCUUCCACCAGCAGCCGUGGCGGCCAGCCACCACCGACAGUGCCAACGAAUGCCAGUUGCACUUUGGGGCCUGGACUCAGGAGCCCCUGACCCGCCCCCAGCACCACACCGCGGGCAUCAACUGCGAGCACUGCCUGCCCGGCUUCUUCCGCUCCCCGGACCAGCCCCUGGACUCGCCGCACGCCUGCCGCCGCUGCGACUGCGAGUCGGACUUCACGGACGGCACGUGUGAGGACCUGACGGGGCGCUGCUUCUGCCGCCCCAACUUCACGGGGGAGCGCUGUGACGCCUGCGCGGAGGGCUUCGUCGGCUUCCCGCGCUGCUACCCCGUGUCCCCGUUCUCCCCCAACGACACCGGAGCGCAGUCGCUGCCAGCUGGCCAAAUCGUCAACUGUGACUGCAACGUCGCGGGGACACAGGGAAAUGCCUGCCGCCAGGACCCCCAGCUGGGGCGCUGUGUGUGCAAGCCCGGCUUCCAGGGCACCCACUGCGAGCUCUGUGCCCCUGGCUUCUACGGCCUGGGCUGCCAGCCAUGCCCGUGCUCCAGCCCUGGGGUGGCCGAUGGUGACUGUGACCGCGACUCCGGCCAGUGCCGCUGCCGUCUGGGCUUCAAGGGAGCCUCCUGCGACCGCUGUGCCCCCGGCUACUUCCACUUCCCUCUGUGCCAGCUGUGUGGCUGCAGCCCCACAGGGACCCUGCCUGGAGGCUGUGACGAGGCUGGCCACUGCCCGUGCCGCCCCGAGUUCGACGGCCCCCACUGUGACCGCUGCCGGACUGGGCACCACGGCUACCCCGACUGCCAGGCCUGUGCCUGUGACCCCCGGGGCACCCUGGACCCACUCUGUGGGGCAGGAGGCAUGUGCCAUUGCCGCCCCGGCUACUCGGGCCCCACCUGCCAGGCCUGCAGCCCCGGCUUCCAUGGCUUCCCCGCCUGCAUCCCUUGCCACUGCUCACCCGACGGCUCCCUGCACUCAGCCUGCGACCCCAGGAGUGGCCAGUGCAGCUGCCGGCCCCGUGUGACGGGACUGCACUGUGACAUGUGUGUGCCUGGUGCCUAUGACUUCCCGCACUGCGGAGCUGGCUCCUGUCACCCCGCUGGCCUGGCCCCAGUUCCUGCCCUGCCUGAGGCACAGGCCCCCUGUGUGUGCCGGGCUCAUGUGGAAGGGCCCAGCUGUGACCGCUGCAAACCUGGGUUCUGGGGGCUCAGUCCCAGCCACCCAGAGGGCUGUACCCGCUGCAGCUGCGACCCCCGAGGCACUCUGGGAGGUGUGACAGAGUGCCAGCAGGGCAGCGGCCAGUGCUUCUGCAGACCCCACGUGUGUGGACAGACUUGUGCUGCCUGCAGGGACGGCUUCUUCGGGCUGGACCAGGGCAACUACUUCGGCUGCCGCAGCUGCCACUGUGAUGUGGGGGGCGCCCUGGGCCAGGGCUGUGAGCCUAGGACCGGCGCCUGCCUCUGCCGCCCCAACACGCAGGGUUCCACCUGCAGGGAGCCGGCACAGGACCACUACCUGCCACACCUGCAUCACCUGCGCCUGGAGCUGGAGGAGGCCACCACACCCGAGGGCCACGCCGUGCGCUUUGGCUUCAACCCCCUGGAGUUUGAGAACUUCAGCUGGAGGGGCUACGCGCAGAUGACCCCCAUCCAGCCCCGGAUCGUGGUCAAGCUGAACGUGACCUCCCCAGACCUCUUCCGGCUGGUCUUCCGAUAUGUCAACAGGGGCCCCGCCAGUGUGGGCGGCCGCGUCUCUGUGUUAGAGCAGGCCGAGUUUGAAACCUGCAACAACUGCACAGAGCAGAGUCAGAGCGUGACCUUCCCGGCUAGCACGGAGCCGGCUUUCGUCACAGUGCCCCAGAGGGGCUUCGGGGAGCCCUUUGUGAUGAACCCCGGCACCUGGGCUCUGCUGGUGGAGGCCGAAGGGGUGCUGCUGGACCACGUGGUUCUGCUGCCCAGUGCCUACGACGAGGCCGCCCUCCUACAGCUGCCUGUGACCGAGGCCUGCAGCUACCGCCCCGCCAGCCAGCACGCCUCGGAGAACUGCCUCCUCUACGCCCACCUCCCGCUGGACGGCUACCCCUCAGCCACCGGGUCGGAGGCCCUGUGUCUCCAGGACAACAGCCUGCCUCGGCCCUGCCCCUCCCAGCAGCUCAGCCCCUCCCACCCACUGCUGGUGGCCUGCCAGGGCAGUGACGUGGACGUCCAGCUUCAGGUGGCAGUGCCUAGGCCAGGUCACUACAUGCUGGUGGUCGAGUAUGCCAACGAAGAUGCCCGCCAGGAGGUGGGGGUGGCUGUGCACAGCCCCCAGCAGCCCCCCCAGCAGGGCACACUCACUCUCUACCCCUGCUCAUACAGCAUCCUGUGCCGGGGCACCCCUGUGGACACCCAGCACCACCUGGCCAUCUUCCACCUGGACACAGAGGCCAGCAUCCGGUUGAUGACUGAGCAGGCACAUUUCUUCCUGCACCGCGUCACCCUGGUGCCUGCGGAGGAGUCCAGCGUGGAGCUCCUGCAGCCCCAGGUGCGCUGCAUCAGCCGCCAUGGCGCCUUUGGACCUGGCAGUGCUGCCUGCCUACCCUCUCGUUUCCCGAAGCCACCCCGGCCUAUCGUCCUUCGAGACUGCCAGGUGCUGCCCCUGCCGCCCGGCCUCCCACUGACCCACUCGCAGGACCUGACACCGGGUGCUCCCCCCACCGUGCCUCAGCCUCGGCCCCCCACCGCUGUGGACCCCGACGCCGAGCCCACUCUGCUGCAACACCCCCAGGGCACCGUGAUCUUCGCCACGCAAGUACCCGCCCUGGGCCGCUAUGUCUUCCUGCUGCAUGGCUACCAGCCGGCCCACCCCACCUUCCCCGUGGAGGUGCUGGUGAACGGGGGCCGCAUCUGGCACGGCCAGGCCACUGCCAGCUUCUGCCCCCAUGGUUACGGCUGCCGCUCCCUGGUGGUGUGCGAGGGCCAGACAGUGCUGGACGUCACUGACACUGAGCUGACAGUGACCGUGCGCGUGCCCGAGGACCGCUGGCUCUGGCUGGACUAUGUGCUCGUGGUUCCCGAGGACAUCUACACGGCCAAGUACCUGCAGGAGGAGCCUCUGGACAAGUCCUAUGACUUCAUCAGCCACUGCGCAGCCCAGGGCUACCAUGUCAGCCCCUCCAGCCCAUCCCCCUUCUGCCGGGACGCCGCCAUCUCCCUGUCCCUCUUCUACAACAACGGGGCGCAGCCCUGUCGCUGCCACGAAGUGGGUGCUACUGGGCACACGUGUGAGCCCUUCGGAGGGCAGUGCCCCUGCCGUGCCCACGUCAUCGGCAGAGACUGCUCCCGCUGUGCCACUGGCUACUGGGGCUUUCCUCACUGCAGGCCAUGCGAUUGUGGUGCCCGCCUUUGUGAUGAGGUCACGGGGCACUGCAUCUGCCCUCCGCGCACCCUGCUGCCAGACUGCGUGGUCUGCCAGCCCCAGACCUUCGGCUGCCACCCCCUGGUGGGCUGCGAAGAGUGUAACUGCUCGGGCCCUGGGGUCCAGGAGCUUACAGACCCCAGCUGCGACGUAGACAGCGGCCAGUGCAGGUGCAGACCCAACGUGGCAGGACGCCGCUGCGAUACGUGCGCCCCGGGCUUCUAUGCCCAGGGCCAGGGAGAUGGUGGGGUGUCCUCGUACGGGGGCACUCUCCGCUACCAGCUGCACUCAGAGACCCAGCGAGGGGACGUCUUCAUCCCCACGGAGAGCCGGCCAGACGUGGUGCUGCAGGGCAACCAGAUGCGUGUCACCUUCCUAGAGGCUGCCUACCCGCUGCCCGGCCACCCUCACCAUGGACAGCUGCACUUGGUGGAGGGGAACUUCCGGCACACUGAGACGCACAACGCCGUGUCCCGGGAGGAGCUCAUGAUGGUGCUGGCCGGCCUGGAGCAGCUGCAGAUCCGAGCCCUCUUCUCCCGGAUCUCCUCGGCUGUCUCCCUGCAGCGCGUGGUACUGGAGGUCGCUGAGGUGGGGGGCUGCGGGCCUCCAGCCAGCAGCGUAGAGCUGUGCAUGUGCCCUGCCAACUACCGUGGGGAUUCAUGCCAGGAGUGUGCCCCUGGCUACUACCGUGACACCAAGGGCCUCUUUCUGGGCCGGUGUGUGCCCUGCCAGUGCCACGGCCACUCAGACCGCUGCCUCCCCGGCUCGGGCGUCUGCGUGGGCUGUCAGCACAACACGGAGGGUGACCACUGUGAACGCUGCCGCCCUGGCUUUGUGAGCAGCAGCCCUGAGGGACCUGGAGCCCCCUGCACCAGCUGCCCCUGCCCACUGGCCGUGCCCUCCAACAACUUUGCCACCGGCUGUGUCCUGCGGGGCGGCCGUUCCCAGUGCCUUUGUAAACCCGGCUACGCGGGCGCCUCCUGUGAGCGCUGCGCGCCCGGCUUCUUCGGGAACCCGCUGGUGCUGGGCAGCUCAUGCCAGCCCUGCGACUGCAGCGGCAAUGGGGACCCCAACAUGCUCUUCAAGGACUGCGACCCGCUCACGGGGGCCUGCCGCGGCUGUCUGCGCCACACCACCGGGCCGCACUGCGAGACCUGCGCCCCCGGCUUCUACGGCAACGCCCUGCUGCCGGGCAACUGCUCCCGAUGCGACUGCGCCCUGUGCGGGACGGAGACCUGCGACCCCCGCAGUGGGCGCUGCCUGUGUAAGCCGGGCGUGGGCGGGAGGCGCUGCGACCGCUGCCAGGAAGGACACUUCGGCUUCGAGGGCUGUGGGGGCUGCCGCCCGUGUGCCUGCGGACCAGCUGCUGAGGGCCCCGAGUGCCACCCCCAGACCGGGCAGUGCCGCUGCUCGCCGGGCGCCGGGGGGCCCCAAUGCCAAGAGUGUGCCCCUGGCCACUGGGGGGUCCCUGAGCAGGGCUGCAAGCGCUGCCAGUGCCUGAGGGGUCACUGUGACGUGCACACGGGCCGAUGCUCCUGCCCCCCGGGGCUCAGCGGGGAGCGCUGUGACGCCUGCAGCCACCAGCACCAGGUGCCUGUGCCCAGCAGGCCCGGGAGCCCCGGCGUCCACUGCGAAGUGUGUGACCACUGUGUGGUGCUACUGCUGGACGACCUGGAGCAGGCUGGCUCCCUCCUCCCCGCCAUCCGGGGGCAGCUGCACGGCCUCAAUGCCAGCUCAGCUGCCUGGGCCCGGCUGCACGGCCUCCACGCCUCCAUGGCCAGUCUCCAGGGCCAGCUCCGGAGUCCCCCGGGGCCCCGCCAUGAGGCCACACGGCAGCUGGAGACGCUGGAGCAGCAGCUUGGGCACCUGGAGCAGGACACGCAGCAGCUGGGCAGCCAGGCCUCAGGAGCCCGGGGACAGGCAGGCCAGAUCCUGGACAGCACCCAGGCCACCCACCACCGGACACAGACGCUGCUGGCCACCAUCCAAGCAGUGGCUAGAACCCUGAGUGAGCUCAUGGACCAGAUGGACCGCCUGUCCCCAGCCAACGCCUCUGCCCCAUCGGGCGAGCAGGUGGGGCGGACACUGGCCGAAGUGCAUCGUCUGCUGCGGGAGAUGCGGGCCCGGGACCUGGGGGCUCCACGGACAGCAGCGGAGACUGAGCUGGACGAGGCCCAGAGGGUGCUGAGCCAAGUACGGGAGCAGAUGGGCGGCCCCUGGGAAGAGAACCAGAUGCUGACCGCCCGUGCCCGAGACCAGCUGGCCCAGCUUGAGGCCGGCCUCAUGGACCUGCGGGAGGCCCUCAACAGGGCGGUGGGCACCACCCUGGAAGCCGAGGGGCUCAACAGCCGCAACCUGGAGCGCCUGGAGGAGGCCCUGCAGCGGAAGCAGGAGCUGUCCGAGAACAACGCCACGCUGCAGGCCACCCUGCAGGCUGCCUCCAACACCCUGGCCAGCAUCUCCGGUCUCCUGCGGAGCAUGGACGAAGCUAAGGAGGAGUAUGAGCGCCUGGCUGCUGGCCUGGAUGGGGCUCGGACACCACUGCUGGAGAAGAUGCGAGCCUUCUCCCCAGCCAGCAGCAAGGUGGAUGUGGUGGAAGCCGCCGAAGCCCAUGCACAGCGGCUGGACCAGCUGGCCAACAACCUGUCCAGCAUCAUCCUUGGCAUCAACCAGGACCAGGUCAUCCAGAGGGCCAUCGAGGCGUCCAACGCCUACUCCAGCAUCCUGAAGGCCGUGCAAGCCGCCGAGCUCGCCGCCCGGCAAGCCCUGCUGGAGGCCAGCCACGCCUGGGCGACAGUGGUGCAGAAGGGCCUGGCAGCUCGAGCCCGAGAGUUGCUGGCCAAUAGCAGUGGCCUGGAGGAGGCGAGCCUGGGAGAGCAAAGGCACUUGCACCGCAUACAAGCCACCCUGCAGGGGGCAGGGACCCAGCUCAGAGACGUCCAGGCCAGAAAGGAGCAGCUGGCAGCCCAGAUCCGGAACACGCAGGCCAUGCUGGCCAUGGACACCGACGCAACAAGCGAGAAAAUCGCCCAUGCCAAGGCCGUGGCCACCAAGGCCCAGGACACGGCCAGGCGUGUCCAGUCCCGGCUCCAGGACAUGCAGAACAACCUGCAGAGGUGGCAAGGCCAGUUUGGAGACCUGCAGGGCGAGGACCUGGACGAGGCAGUGCAAGAUGCUGGCCGCUCAGUGUCCACCCUGGAGAAGACGCUGCCGCAGCUGCUGGCCAAACUGAGCCAGCUGGAGGGCCGGGGUGGCCACAAUGCCAGCCUGGCCCUGUCCUCCAGCAUCGCAAAAGUGCGGCAGCUCAUUGCCCAGGCCCGGGGGGCAGCCAACAAGGUCAAGGUGCCCAUGAAGUUCAACGGGCGCUCAGGGGUGCAAGUGCGCACGCCCCGGGACCUGGCUGACCUCGCCGCCUACACCGCCCUCAAGUUCUACCUGCAGAGCCCAGAGCCCGCGCCCGGCCACACCGCCAGGGACCACUUUGUGCUGUACCUGGGCAGCCGACAGGCCAGCGGGGACUACAUGGGCGUGGCUUUACGGGACCAGAAAGUGCACUGGGUGUACCGCCUGGGGGAGGCGGGGCCCACGGCCCUCAGCAUUGACGAAGACAUCGGGGAGGAGUUCGCCACCGUCAACAUCGACAGGACCCUCCAGUUUGGCCACAUGUCCAUCACGGUGGAGAAACAGAUGGUCCAGGAGACGAAGGGUGACACAGUGGCCCCGGGGCCCGAGGGGCUGCUCAGCCUGCGGCCGGAUGACUUUGUCUUCUACGUGGGUGGCUACCCCAGCAACUUCACGCCGCCCGCUCCCCUGCGCUUCCCCGGCUACCGCGGCUGCAUUGAGCUGAGCACGCUGAACGAGCAGGUGCUCAGCCUGUACAACUUCGAGAGGACCUUUCGCCUGGAUACGGCCGUGGACAAGCCUUGCGCCCGCUCCAAGUCCACGGGCGACCCCUGGCUCACGGACGGCUCCUAUCUGGACGGCACCGGCUUUGCGCGCAUUGCGUUCGAGAGCCAGAUUGGAACCACCAAGCACUUCGACCAGGAGCUGCGGCUCGUCUCCUACCACGGGGUGGUCUUCUUCCUGCAGCACCAGGGCCAGUUCCUGUGCCUGGCGAUGCUCCAGGGCCGCCUGGUGCUCCUCUAUGACUUCGGUGAGGGCCUGAAGGAGGCUACCCCCACGCUGCCCUCUCCGCCCACACUGACCGUGGCCAGCAAGGCGGUCCAGGUGUACCUGCUGGUCAGGCCCCGCAAGCGGGUGCUGGUGCGCAUGGAGCGGGUCCCGGUGUUCAGCGUGGUGCAGGAGAACUCUCUGGAGCUCGCCAGCUCCUACUACCUGGGGGGCGUGCCACCUGACCUACUGCCCCCCAGCCUGAGGCAGCUCUUCCCCACUGGAGGCUCCGUCCGUGGCUGCGUCAAGGGCAUUAAGGCGCUGGGCAAGUAUGUGGACCUCAAGAGGCUGACCACCACAGGCAUCAGUGCCGGCUGCACAGCCGACCUCCUGGUGGAACGGGCCAUGACCUUCCAUGGCCAUGGCUUCCUGCCCCUGGACCUCCCAGACGUGGCCCCCAUCACAGGCGACGUCUAUGCCGGAUUUGGCUUCCGAACCCUUCAAGACAAUGGCCUGCUCUUCUACCGAGCCUCCCCGGAUGGCCUGUGCCAGGUGUCCCUGCAGCAGGGCCAUGUGACACUCCAGCUUAUGAGAACAGAGCUGAAAACGCCGGGGGGCUUUGCCGAUGGGGACCCCCAUUACGUCAUCUUCUACAGCAAUGCUACUGGGGUCUGGCUCUACGUGGAUGACCAGCUACAGCAGAUGAAGCCCCGCCGGGGACCGUCCCCUGGACUCCACCUGCAGCCAGAAGGGCCACCCCGCCUCCUCCUGGGAGGCCUGCCGGAGUCUGGAACAUUCCGCAACUUAAGCGGCUGUAUCAGCAACGUCUUUGUGCGGCGGCUGCUGGGGCCCCAACGGGUGAUGGAACUGCAGCAGAGCCCUGGGGGUGUCAACAUGAGCACCGGCUGUGAGCCCAACCCUCGUGCCCGCGCCCGGGACCCAGCACCGCAAGGACUGCAGGCCCCAGCACGGAAGGCCUCCCGCCGUAGCCGCCACCCUGUCCUGGAUCCUGCCUGCACGCUGCCCCCCACCCCCAGGAGCCUCCAAGACACCUUCCAGUUUUGGGGGGUCCCAUCUAGCCACCUGGAGUUUGCAGUCUCGAGUAGGGCCUGGUCCCAGGUCUCCAUGUUCCUGAGGCCACGCUCCCCCCAUGGCCUCCUGCUGCUCUUGGCCCCCACGAUGCCCGGCAGCCCCUCCCUGGCACUCUUCCUGAGUCAGGGCCAUUUGGUGGCACAGACAGAGGGGCCUGGGCCCAGGCUCCAUGUACAGAGCCGACAGCCGCUGCAAGCUGACCACUGGCACACGGUGUCUCUGCGCUGGGAACAGAGCCGCAUCCAGCUGGUCACAGAUGGGGCCCGGGUCCAGAGCCAGAGGGGCCCCCGCCACCGUCAGCAGCACCUCCGGCCCAGCACCCUCUUUGUGGGGGGUCUUCCGCCCAGCAGCCAACAUUCCCAGCUCCUGGUGGCCCUCAACAGCUCGGGGUUCAGUGGCUGUGUGAAGAGGCUCAGGUGGCACCGGCAGCUGCUGGGGCCCCCCAUUCGGUUGGCGGGGGUCACACCUUGCUAUACAAGCACCCUGGAGGCCGGCCUCUUCUUCUCUGGGAGUGGCGGCAUCCUCAUGCCAGACGUCCCUGCAGUCCCGGGGCCCCGCCUGGAACUGCAGCUGGAGCUUCGUCCCCGUGCCACCAGCGGCCUGGUCUUCUAUUUAGGCCAAGGCCAGGGGUUCCCCUACCUGCAGCUGCAGGUGCUAGAGAAGCAGGUCCGGCUCCAAGGGGAUGAUGGGGCAGGCAAGUACCUCACAAUGGUGGCAGUCCCCGAGGUGCUGUGUGGUGGCCGGUGGCACCGCCUAGUAGUGACGAAGGACAGGGCCUCAGUCCGGCUGGAGGUGAACUCCAAAGGCAAUGCCACCCUGGUCCCAGCGCCGGCCUCGGCCCUCGCCACCCUCAGGCCUUUGUACCUGGGCAGUCUGCCUGAACUAACAGGUGCACCCCCACGACCCACGGCCUACCGCGGCUGCAUGAGGAACUUUCUGGUCAACGGACACCCCAUCAACACACAGUCUGCCCACAUCUGGGGGGCGGUGGGGGUGGGCAGCUGCCCAGUCUCAUAGUGCGGAGCUCCCAAGGACAGGGCUGGCCCUCCCAGAGACAUGCCCAUCUUUGGAAAGGGUGUUUUUAAUGAAAGGAUAAAAUGGGGUUUUUGUAUUUUCUGUCUCUAACUGGUUGAAUGGGGACCUUUCCUUUCACCCCUAAGGGGGGCGAGCCGUGCGACACAGGCCCGCUGCUGGAAAUAAAACCACUUGUGUCAUGGA